UAUAUAAAUUGUAGCUUAGCCUCUGGUGAAGCAGAAUCACAAAGUCAAGGAUAUGGAUUUAAACAACAAGAUCUUUAACAUCCUUCUUCCUAUUGUCACGGUUUCGUUUCUUUUAGUGUUCAUGCCAUUUUCAAUAUUCUUCAAGCUCCUCCAGUUCAUAAGGGGAUGCAAAGAGUCCGAGAAAGUCAACGGAAAAGUCGUCAUCAUCACCGGAUCUUCCUCAGGAAUUGGCGAGCACCUAGCGUAUGAGUAUGCUCGUAGAGGAGCAUACUUGACUCUAGUAGCUCGGAGAGAGGAUCGUCUCCAGGUGGUGGCUGACCGGUGCAGGAAGCUUGGUUCACCAGACGUUGCUGUGGUACGCGGUGAUGUCUCAGUCAUCAAAGACUGUAAACGUUUUGUUCAAGAAACCAUCUCUCGGUUUGGAAGAUUGGAUCACUUGGUGAACAAUGCUGGAAUUGCGGAGGCCAAAUUUUUCGAGGACUAUUCUGAAAUUUCGGAUGUUCUUCCCAUUGUGAACACUAACUUUUGGGGACCGGUUUACGCGACACAUUUCGCUAUACCGCAUCUCAAGAAAACAAAAGGAAAGAUCAUAGCGGUUGCAUCACCUGCUGGAUGGUCUGGAGUACCAAGGAUGAGCAUAUAUGCUGCAAGCAAAGCAGCUAUGAUAAACUUCUACGAGACUCUUAGGAUCGAGCUUCAUCCAGAAGUUGGUGUGACAAUCGUGUUUCCUGGUCUAAUCGAAAACGGAAAUACUAAUCCGGACCUUUUAGCUGAGGUAUUUUACUAUCAUCAUUUUUCAUUUUAGUCUGUCCAAGUUUUAUGACUGAAGUCUCUUUUGCAGAAACAAGACUGGUCGCAAGUUGUGACCAUCGAGUCAGCAGCGGAAUGCGCCAAAGCGGUAGUUAACGGAAUCUGCAGAGGCAAAACCUUUGUGGCAGAGCCGUCGUGGGUUCGUGUCCUGUUCUGGCUUAGUGCUAUAUGCCCUGAGCUUCUGAUCUCUAAGCCUAAAAGGAAUUAACCAGUUGUGUUGUUUAAUAAUUGCAUAAUAGAGAUAAAAAUCUGAAAUACAACAUGAUGGCCAUCUAGUUUUUCUAGUUCUGUUCAGUUUUUUUUUUUUUUGGUUUUAGGAAAUGUUCAACCUUUUUUUUUCUUUUUGUCUUUUUUCUUGUCGUGUUUUAAAUAGAAAAUAAAAUAAUCAAUAAUCAAUCAUUG